CGUACGCAUACCACUGACAUCAUCCCGAGGGUUCCUAGCCGAUCCGCAGUUGCGAUCUACUGAAUAGCGUAUCCGCGGGAAGCCGAUCGGGCAAUAGGCUAUAUAUUCUCUUAAUCACAGAGAUACCCCUCCUAACCCCUCAAUAGAAGCCCAUAUUGGCACCAUAUCCUGUAUAGGCGGCUUUUGUUUCGAUGCUAUAGCACUGGGAGGAAGAUAGCAUCCAAGAGGACACAAUGCCGUCACCAUCAUUCACCCUCGCCAACCACACUCCCCACCUGAUAAUACAACCUUCCGACGCUGCUCUCUCCCCACCUGAGAGCUACCUGUUCGUUCAGGAUGGUCUUAUAAUUAGCUGUGGGAUCCUCUACGCCUUCUGUUACAUUUUUUGCAUGAUUCGCACAUACAGUGACCGGACAUACCCGUCUGCGUCAGUCAAGGGGAUCCAAUUCAUGAGCCUAACACUUGCCUACGAACUUUUCUACGCGGUGAUGACUACAACUACCACCUUUGAGCUUCUUGCAUUUCUGGCAUGGUUUCUCCUUGACGUUGGUUUCGUCGCAGUGGCAAUAUGGCGAGCGCAUGAAAAGCGCGAUCGGGCGUGGCUCGUACGGAGAAUAGUGGGCUUCGUACUAGCGGGCGUAGGCGUGCUGAAGGGAUUGACGAUGCUGUGGCCAGAUGAGAGGGAGCAGGUCACAGCGUACUGGACAGGGAUUCUGCUGCAGCUGCCGAUCGGAUGGAUCUGUUUAGCGACCCUGUGGAAGGAGUGGGAUACCAGAGGUCAUUCGUUGGAGAUCUGGCUCAUGCGAUACUUGGGCUGCUAUACAGCCUACGGGGUUUUCUUCUGGAGGUAUUGGAAUGUGCCACAAAACUGGGAAUAUGUGGCGUCGGUGUGGAGUACAGGGAUUAUUUUGUGGACACUGCUGCCUGAAUCGGUCUAUCCAUUUGUAUAUGUCUGGGUGCAUCGCACAUCCAAAGUUAAGGGCGAGUAGACAUCGCAUCAGAGAGUUCUAAGCAGAUCAGCAGAAUAGCUUUGGGGACAUGGUCUAUACAAUCUAGAUAAAUGGAAAGAAGCGAUUAGAUGCAUCAGCGCAAGAGCCAUAAAG